CUUUCUCUCUUUGUUACAUCUCACGGAGUCUGAAUAACCUCACUAAAAGCUAUUUUCGCCAUGGCUGUCACUUGCCGGUCGAUCCGUUCAGCUACCAAGAGACCAGUGAGCCUGGUUUCGAGGUUGCCUCCCACAGCCCCACGCUGCGCACAUCCGCGUGGGCUCCACAGCUACAGUAGGUCUCGAGUGUUGACAAUCUCCUUUUACCCAAUUGUGCGAACAUCCCGCUUAGUCCACGCCCACCUUUCCAAGAGUUGGGUGAGCCUCACAAUCAUCUGAAAGACAUCAAACAUCAUUCGCACUUCAUCCCGCUGCCUCAUUUUAUUCUCUGCAUUUCAAAGCCUUCUCACAUACAGGACAUUCAAGAUGGCGCACAGCAGCCCGGAUCUAUCCAACAGCAUAACAAUGCACCCUCAUCCCUUCCAUCUUCACCCAAAUCGAUCAGAGCAUACGAGAUCUGGCAAUCAUACCCCGAUCCAAUCCAUUCCUUCGACAAAGCCUGGCUCGACCACCGCCUUCGAGGCCAUUAUACCCAGAGCCGAAGAAAAUGGCCCCCUUUCCCGCCACACCACGCAUGGUAUAAAUGACCUCGAAGAUCAGAGACUGCCUCGAUACACACGCGAGAACGAUCCAUACCAGCUGUCUUCAGCAUACAAGAAUGAGAGGGAGAUCCGGCUUAUCGCAGCCAAUACAUCGCGAAAGCGCGAUGGUUGCGGUCCUAUCAAGUUCAACGGUGAUGCCCGCAAGGCGAGGAAGAUACAGAAGUUCUACGAGACACAGAAUGAAAACAUAGAGCGUAUGCUCAAGCCGGUGGCGGAUCACCGCGCCGAAGCCAAGCAAGAAGCAGGAGAGGAUCAUCUCAAGUUCCAGAUUGCUGUAUAUGGGUCCUUUGUCGCCAAUAUCGCCCUCGCCGCACUUCAACUUUAUGGUGCCAUUUCUUCUGGAUCGCUCUCUCUGUUCACCACCAUGGCUGAUGCGAUCUUUGACCCUAUGUCCAAUGUCACCCUGAUCGUUACCAACAGAGCUGUAAAGCGUGUCGAUCCGAAUCGCUUCCCUUCCGGCAAGGCUCGUCUCGAAACAGUCGGAAACAUUGUGUUCUGCUUUCUCAUGACAGCUGUCUCCUUCAUUCUGGUUGCCUUUUCAGUCCGUGAGCUCGUGCAGGGUAACAGUGCGGAUACCAAAUCGUUCCACCUUCCCUCGGUUAUUGCAGUCGCAGUGGCUUUCACUACGAAACUCGUCCUUUUCCUCUACUGCUGGUCGCUGAAGGACAAAUAUUCCCAAAUCAACAUUCUCUGGCAAGAUCAUCGAAACGACUUGCUGAUCAACGGCUUUGGUAUCCUUACUUCCGUUGGUGGUUCAAAACUGAAAUGGUGGAUCGACCCUAUGGGAGCUAUCAUUCUCUCUUGCCUGAUCUCAGUCAUCUGGCUCCGUACUGCAUUCAGCGAGUUCCUUCUUCUCGUGGGUGUGACAGCUUCAGUUGAGAUCCAACAGCUCAUAACAUAUGUCUGCUUGACCCAUUCGCCUGAAAUUGAAGGAAUCGAUACCGUCAGAGUCUAUCAUUCCGGCCCGAGAUUGAUCGCGGAAGUUGAUAUCGUCAUGAAUGCUGCUUCCUCGUUGAGGGAUACACAUGAUGUCGCCGAGGAGUUGCAAAUCAAGCUGGAAGAUCUUCCUGAUAUUGAGAGAGCAUACGUCCACGUUGAUUAUGAGACGACGCACAAGCCAGAGCAUGCUUACAAGAAGGAUAUCUAAGGCGGAAUUCUUGAGAGAAAGUUCUCUAUGUAUUAUAUUCGCAGCCCCUAUUAUGGGAGAUCUGCAUUUUCGCAAACCGGGCGUUAUCUGGUGGCUUCAUAAAGGGAAUUACUUUCAGCUCAGUACUUCGGCGUACAAAGAAAUCCGAGUUUUAAUGAAUAAAUACAUGAAUUUCAC